AUGAUUCUCUCUGAUUGUCCACAUCGCCCUCUGAACCCCGGCCUGGAAUGUAUAGCUCCCAUCAUGAACAAUGAAUACGACCGUCUUCUGGGCAGCAGAGUCUACUACCCCGGGACCGGCCAGGGUCUGGGCAGCAUCGACCUCAAGUACUUCCCCUACUAUGGAAACCGUGCGCAGAAAAACUACACCCAGCCUUUCGUGGCGGUGAAGUUCCUGAACGCGACACGCAACAUGGACCACUACGUGGAAUGCAGCGUAAACGCGGCCAACAUCAACAACCGCGAUGAGCGGGACAAAUUCCAAGGACGGGUGACCUUCAGGCUGCGGUUGAACUCUUAAAGACGCUGCUGGGUGAAGAUUGUCCGAUGUACCUCCUCGUCUACCCUGAUAGAGACUGACAGAGCCACGAACGGCCUCACAAUUGUAAUAUAUUACUGACUCCUCCCACA